GCAGUGCAUUUAGAGCUAGAUCACGAGCACAAAAGUAAGAUUCUACAAAGUUUGGAAGAAGCGUUGUGGUUUUUUUUCGGCUCUGCUCCUCCUUCGGUGUGGCAAUAACUGAUCUACCUCCAAUACUAUUAUUUGAAUUUUAUUUUAUAUUUCUAAUAUUUUUAUAUUGUUUCUACUCCGUAUCCUGCCAUACAGAACACUAAGGCAACAGUGCACUAUUUUCGUUUGUUCGUAUUUAUAUUGUUGUGCACUAAUAAUUUAAUAAAAUGCACACCACGCAGAAGGACACCACGUAUACGAAGAUAUUUGUUGGGGGUCUUCCUUACCACACCACGGACACAAGUCUCAGGAAAUACUUCGAAGUGUUCGGGGAGAUCGAAGAAGCUGUCGUGAUAACCGACAGGCAGACUGGCAAAUCGCGAGGCUACGGCUUUGUGACGAUGGGGGACCGGGGAUCAGCAGACCGGGCGUGUAAGGACCCCAACCCCAUCAUCGAUGGCAGGAAGGCCAACGUCAACCUGGCGUACCUGGGGGCCAAGCCCCGCGUCAUACAGACAGGUUUUGCCUUCGGGGUCCCACAGCUGCACCCAGCAUUUAUCCAAAGGCCUUAUGGGAUUCAGGCGCAGUACAUGUACCCGCAGGCCUACAUGCAGCCCAGCCUGAUGAUCCCUCAGGUCCCGCCCACCGCCUCCACACCGGCCGCCUCCCCGUACCUGGACUACAGCGCUGCCUACGCGCAGUACUCCACCGCCAGCAUGGCGGCCGCUGCCUAUGAGCAGUAUCCUUACGCCGCGUCGCCCGCCACGCCCAGCUACCUGGCUGCCGCCGCCGGGUACGGCUACGCGGUCCCACCCGCCCUGGCGACGCCCACGCCCGGCUCUGCCCCGCCCACGUUCGGGCAGUUCCAGCAACAGCAGCUGCAGACUGACCGAAUGCAAUGACAGCCCCAGACCUGGCAGAUGUACACACCUGCUACCACCUCACUGAGAGGGGCGGGGCCAGCUUACCUGGAUGCCCAGUCUGAUCAUCGCGGGAAUGGAGUCUGAACAUUUGCGGGGGGCGGAGUUUGAACAUUGUGGGGGGCGGAGUCUGAUUAUUGUGGGGGCGGAGUCUGAUUAUUGUGGGGGUGGGGUUCGAACAUUGUGGGACGAAGUCUAAACAUUGCGGGGGUGGGGUUUGAACAUUAUGGGGGCGGAGCCAGAACAGAUUAGUUUAUUUGCCGAUGAUGAUAAUACUAUAAGUAGAAACACAUCUGGACUUGCAGUGAUAAAACAAAGCAUACAAAAACAGCUGCAAGGAGAAGGACUAAUAAUAUUAGUAGUAGUAGUUA